AUGGUCUUCGGUCUGGAGCCUCGCUGCCCACUGCCAAGCGCCGUGGUCCACCUACAGGCCUCGCAAGUCCAACAGCUGCUCCACAACAAGUUCAUGGUCAUUUUGGGCGAAUCCGUCCAGCGGGCUGUCUGUAAGGACUUGGUGCCCCUGCUCCAGAAAGACUCACUGAUCACAGCAGCCCAGCUGAAAGCCAAAGGACACGCGGAGCUGAGCUUUGAACAGGACCAACUGGUGGCUGGGGGCCAGAUGGGCGAGCUGUACAAUGGAACAUGGUACUGCAAAGUCCGCCAGUUCUGCUCGGGCAACAGCCACCACCUUGUUCGCUUCCAUUUCCUCACCUGGGUUUACCCCAAGUACCUGGAGGACGUCCUGGAGGAACUGACAUGUGGACCCACCCCACACCUGGUGAUUAUCAACUCCUGCCUCUGGGACCUCUCAAGAUACUGCCGCUACCAGGAGAACCUGAAGCGGGUGUUCCUGCAUCUGGACCGGAUGUUGCCAGACUCCUACCUGCUGGUGUGGAACAUGGUGAUGCCUCUGGGGGAAGAGAUCACAAGGGACUUCCUGUUGCCGGAGCUCCAGCCCCUGGCGGGCUCUCUGCAACUAGAUGUAGUUGAAGGGAACUUCUAUAGUGCCAUGCUGGCCAGCGACCACUGCUUUGAUGUCCUGGACCUCCACUUUCAUUUCCGGCACGCAGCCCUCCACUGGGACCAACAUACUCACCGUCACCUCUUUCACCUUCUAUCUCACGUGUCUGAUGCCUGGGGUAUGGAGCUGCCAAAGCAGAACUGCCCCCCAGCCCCAUGGACUGAGGACUGGCCACAGGCGGACCAUCCAUUCCAGAGAUUCCGUAGGCAGCAUCCAGACUUCAGGGAGCAGCUGGCCUUGCACCCAAUGGUGCCCUCUCCCGUACCCACUCCCAUAUCCUUUCCCUGUCCCCUUCCUCAGCCUUUGCCACCCUUCUUGUUCCCACCACCGCCCUAGGAUCCCCCAUGUUCCCCAGGCCAACCCUUCCCACCCCAUGAAUUCUUCCUGUGUUGUAAUUCUGUGGAGGACUUUUUGAUGCCACCUCACCUAGGAUGUGGCCCUGGAGUGAACUUUGUGCCCGGCCAGCCCCAUGGUCAGCACUGGGGCCCAGCGGUCCACCGGGGCAUGCCCUGCUGUUUUCCCAGCGGCCCCUAUUCUGUGCCAAGAAUGGAGGGACCCUGCAGGCAGCGGCCCAGACACUCAGACAGACUGAUCUACACAUUCAAGCUGGACAGACGGCUUCCUGCUCAUUCAGGGACAUGCCCUGGAUAG